AUGCCUCCCCCAAAGGUCGACACAGAGGCCCCUCCCGUUCCCGAAACCACACCCUCCUCCCGAACCUCCGGCAGCGACGUCGGCCCCGGUCCCACCAACACUAAAACCACUUUCACUCCCACCGGAGGAGGAGGCCGCGCCUCAACCGCCGCCCUCCUCCGCAACCCGCUCGUCGGCCUCACGCACGAUGAGAUCCUCAAAGACGCAGACACCUUCACCGAGGCAAAGGGCCUGCAGGAACACCGCGAGGUCUUUCGAAAGGGCGCCCUGGUCGCGCAGGUGAUCAACCGCCCCGACGGAUUCGAGUCCGUCGCCGCUCUCGACGAAGAAGAGAAGGCUAUUCUGCGGAAGGAGGGACUCGUCAACGGCGCGCCUUACCUCUGUUCCGCCCUCGUCGGGUGCUGGAGCUCCCCCAUCUUGAACAAGUACACCGGGCGCCGCGGCACAAUCUUCAUCUCGUGCUUCAUGUCCGUCGUCACCGGCUUCUGGAUGGCUGCCGCAGACACUUGGUACAACCUCCUCAUUGCACGCUUCUUCCUCGGUUUCGCAGUCGGCGCGAAGAGCAGCACGACCCCCGUGUACUCUGCUGAGAGUACGCCCAAGACCAUCCGCGGUGCUUUGACAAUGAUGUGGCAGAUGUGGACAGCCUUUGGCAUCGCUUUGGGCUUCAUCGUAUCCGUCGCCUUCGCCAACACGGACUUCCUGGGACCAAAUACCCAAUGGCGUUGGAUGUUGGCCAGCACCUCUGUGCCGCCCCUCGUCGUCAUGCUACAGGUCUACUUUUGCCCAGAGAGUCCACGGUGGUACAUGGAAAAGGGCAAAUACCAACACGCCUUCCGAUCGACACUCCGGCUGCGACACCACCCUGUCCAGGCGGCCCGGGACAUGUACUACGCCCAUAAGCUCCUGGAAAUCGAGACAAAGGCCCGCAGCGGCCGCAACUGGAAAGACUUCUUCACCGUUCGUAGAAACAGGCGGGCUGCGCUAUCUUCGUAUUUUGUCAUGUUUAUGCAACAGUUCUGUGGUAGGAUGUACUACUCCACAAACAUCUUCGAAACAUCCGGCUUCGACCGCUCAACAGCCCUCCUCACCUCAAUGGGAAUGGGCCUCAUCAACUGGCUCUUCGCCCUCCCAGCCUUCUACACAAUCGACACCUUUGGCCGCCGCUUCUCCUUCUUCAUCCCCGAAGGAACAGGCCGCCUCGCCUGCGUAGCAACAGGAAUCUACCUCUUCGCGGCAGUCUACUCCCCCGGCGCGGGCCCCGUUCCCUUCACCUACAGCGCCGAAGCCUUCCCCCUACACAUCCGCGACAUCGGCAUGUCCUCCGCCACGGCCGUGACGUGGGGCUUCAAUUUCAUCAUCAGCUUCACCUGGCCGCAGAUGAUUUCUUCGUUUGGGGUCACGGGCGCGUUCGUGUGGUACGCGUGCUGGAACCUCGUCGGGUUCGUGGUGGCGUACUUCUUUUUGCCAGAGACAAAGGGCCUGACGCUCGAGGAGCUCGAUAGCGUGUUUGACGUCAAGAGUCGCGACCACGCUGGGUACUAUGCUUCCAAGAUGCCGUGGUAUGCCAAGAAGUAUGUCUUGCGCGGGGAUGUUGAGCCAUUUCCUGCGCUGUAUGCGUUGGACGGUCAGGAUGAGCCCGGGUAUCGUGAGGGAGGAGGAGGAGAGCACAAGGCUAGUGUCCGUCAUGACGAGACGGGACUUAUUACGGGACAAUAUGCUGAGAAGUAG